UAAAUAAAUUUUAUAAACAAAUUAAUUUUAUUUAAUACAAAUCGAUUGAUAUGCUCAGUUGUAUAUUUUCUAUAAUGAGAACAAGUGUUUGGGUCUUGUCGUCCCGAUUAUUAAUUAUUUUAUUAGUAUUACCUCAGUUCACUUUAACGCGUUCAUUGUUUCGCAGCGAUUUGUUUCCCUUGUCUAUAAUUCAUAUAAAUGAUUUUCAUGCACGAUAUGAACCUACAGAUAAGAAUGGCGGAACUUGCAAUAAUAAUCAGGAGUGCAUUGGUGGAUAUGCGCGUACGUUUCACACUGUGAAACGUCUACUGCAGGAGCAAAAGGAAAAUAAUCCGAUUUAUCUUAACGCCGGAGAUAAUUUUCAGGGGACUUUAUGGUACAAUAUAGGCCGAUGGAAUGUGACGAGUCAGUUUUUGAAUAUGUUACCGGCUGAUGCCAUAACCCUAGGUAAUCAUGAAUUUGAUCAUGGUGUUGAAGGGGUGGUACCUUUUCUGGAAACCCUUGACAGUCCAGUAAUAGUAACUAAUAUGAACUCAAGUAACGAGCCUACUAUGGAAGGGAAAUAUAAACGUUCAUUAAUUAUUGAGAGAGGUCAGCGGAAAAUUGGCAUCUUGGGUGCUCUUAUAGAAACAGUUUAUGAUCUCGCCAAUAUUGGUAAUUUGACGUUUCGUAAUGAAAGUGAAGCAAUUUUAGAAGAAGGCCUCAGACUGAAAGCUCAAGGCUGUGAUAUUAUUAUUCUUAUCACUCAUUGCGGUUAUGAUGUGGAUCAAGAAAUAGCUCGUCAUGCUGGCUCUGUAGUGGAUGUCAUCGUAGGAGGACAUUCCCAUACUUUUCUCAGUGCUAAAACAGAUGAUCCGGGUCCACUUAAAGCCCAGGGUAAAUAUCCCACCGAAGUAAUUCAUUCGUCAGGUCAACGCGUAUUAAUUGUUCAAGCCGCCUCUUACGCCCGUUACGUUGGUAACUUGAUAGUCUAUUUUGAUAAUGCCGGUAAUGUGGUUGAAUAUCAAGGUGGCCCCCUAUAUAUGCACUCUUCGGUACCAGAAGAUCCAGACGUUUUAGAAGCUAUUAAACCCUGGAAAGCCAUCAUUGAUUUAAAAGGCAAUGAAAUAGUCGGAGAGACAAGAGUCGAUUUAUUGAAAAACCCAUGUAGUUCGAGAGAAUGUAAUUUAGGUAACUUUUUCUGCGAUGCCAUGAUUCAUUCGCUUGUCGCUAUCAGUCCUUACAACGAGGAGCCGUGGACUUCGGCGGCCAUAGGCUUAGUUAAUAAUGGAGCUUUAAGAGUGCCCCUACUUAAAGGAACCUUAACUUAUGCUCAUAUAAUAACCAUGUCACCGUUUGAAAAUGUUUUAACUUCCUUCAAUUUACCCGGUGCAAUACUAUUGGAAGCAUUAGAAUUUGCUGUACAGAAAAUGGAUUUAAGCAAGAAUAUCACUUCCUCUCAAGCUUUCCUGCAAACAUCGGGUCUUAAAAUUGUCUAUGACCUUAAAAAGCCUCCAUAUCAGCGUGUUGUAGAGUUGCAAGUCCGUUGUGCUGCUUGUUCUUAUCCCCAAUAUGAGCCGUUUGACAAAACAAAAACUUAUAGAAUUGUUGCUCCAAUCUUUUUAGUAAAUGGUGGAGAUGGCUUUCAUAUGAUACGCGAUCACAGUACCGACAUACAACAUCAUCAAACCGAUCUAGACGCUCUACUGAAGUAUACAAAUGAAACUAGUCCCAUCAUUACUGGCAUUGAAGGGAGGAUAAUUGUUAAUAAAUAAUAGGAAAAUAAAAUAAGAGAUAAAAUGAAA